AGUUCUUGACCUCAGUGAUAGUUUAAUUAUACGAAUCCUGAAGAGACUGACGCAUAAUCACAACUUUAAGAACAUUAGUUCAACUCUGGUCCAGUGUGUAAAAACUAAGCACUAACCACAUUGAGGCCUACAAAAGUUGCCCAGAGUCACAUGUCAUGGGAAAUUCCGCUGAACCGACCUCUUGCUGAGGAAAUCCAUUCCGAGUCUCAGUGUGGACCAUCAAGAGGCACAAAUGACAUAAUUUUUUGUGGCAGAUCCACAUAAUUUUUCCUGACAGAUCCAGGAAAAAUGCUGAGAACACCACCAGGAACUGUAUAUGGCUUUUAUCAAUUUGACCAAAGCCUUUGACUCUGUUAACUGUGAGGUUCUAUGGAAGAUCUUAUUGAAGCUUGGUUGCCCAGGGAAAUUUAUCACCAUCCUAAGAUUCAUUCAUGACCAGAUGACUGCUUCCAUCCUAUACAGUGGAGCCCUUUGCCAUUCAAACUGCUGUCAAGCAGGGCUGCACCAAUUCUACUUUCCAUCUUUCUUAUGGUCAUCAAGGUGCUCAUCUGUGAUCCUGUUACAUGGCAUCAGUGCUGAGUACAGGAUGGAUGGGAACCGUUUCAAUCUUUCCCGCCUCCAUGCCAAAACCCAAGUCACAUCGGGCUCAAUUGUUGAACUUUAGUAUGCUGAUGAUUGUACUGUUGUUGCACAUACUGAGGAGGUAUGACGACCCUUAACUGCUUCUCUCAAGUAUAGCAGUGGUUGGGACCGACCCUUAACAUCUGGAAAACAAAGGUGCUUCAACAGCCUAGGACAAGAGAGUUAACUUCCCUGAUAAAGAUCCUCAUCGACGGACAGGAGCUGGAGAACGUUGAACACUUUGCAUACCUCAGCAGCCAUCUCUCAAAGGCCAACAUCGACCAGGACAUCCAGUAUAGGAUCCGAUGUGCCAGCUCUGCCUUUGGAAGACUGUAUCGCUGUGUGUUCAGUGAUCAUGACAUCAGGACUCAAAACAAAGCUCCUAUUGUAUAAGGCUGUGAUAAUCCCAACUGUUCUCUAUGGCUGUGAGGCUUGGGUGACCUACAGGGACCACCUGAAGAACCUGAAAUGCCUUCACCAGCACUACCUCCAAAAGAUCCUUGGCAUCAAGUGGGAGGAUUAUCACACAAAUGCCAGCGUUCUUACCAAUGCUAACACCGCUGGCAUGGAAGCAUUGACUAUUCAGCAUCGGCUGCAGUGGACGGGGCAUUGCGCGUGCAUGCCUGAUGCAUGUUUACCACAACUGCUAUACUCCCAACUCGGCCAAGGACAAAGAACACGUGUGGGCUAGAGGAAAUGCUUCAAAAACGCCCUCAAGACAAACAUUAAGAUGUGGCACUAACAUAACAAAUUGGGAAAAACUAACCUAGGACAUGGGUACAUGGAGACACCUUGUGAGAGAAGGUACAUCUAUCUUACUUUGAGGAAACCAUCUUGCCCUGCAGGCAGAAAAAUGACACAAAUGGAAGGAAAAGAAACAAGACAAAGAAAUCUGUGGCCUGACCCUCCCUUUAACCACCACCUGUGGUGUCGGUCUCUAGGAGCAGCCUUCUUAGCCAUCAAGGGACACAUCUACAACCCGCUACCUGGCCCAUGGGAGCGAUCAUCCACAAGCCUGAGGGAUCGCCGCUGCCACCGGUGGCAAGGAUGACAAGGAAGGAAGGGCAGGAAGCAGGCAGGCAGGCAGGGCCAGGGCCACAGAUAAGAAGCGGUGCCAGUUUCAGUGCGGAGCGGUGCGCCUGCUUCGGGCCCUGCCGAGAGGCCCCUUAGCGCUCGGCCGGGCACGGGGUGAAUGCAGGGCUGGGGCUCGCUGCAGGCGCCAAGCUCCCCGCGGCGGGAUGGGCCGUUCCCGCGGCGUCCAGGGAAUUCUUUGCACCGUGGGGAUUGCACCGCAGGUCUUUAGGAUCCACGGGAGCCCUAGAGGCCUCGGGCAGGCGGGGGGCGCAGGGAGGAAGCAGAGGCCGGGCUGGAAGAGCCGAGCAGGCGCAAGCGGGGCUGGCUGCUGCCGCGGCCUUCCGGGGGCGCGUCCCGAGCUGGGCUGAAGCGCGCCUCGCUCCGCCCCGCGGAAGCCGCGUCUGGGGCCCGCGCGAAGGGCUUAAGAGGACUGUUGGCUGUUGGAAGACUGGGAAGAGGGAAAAAGGCAAGGCACUGGCUCUGACUUUCAAGGAGGACAACUGAUUAAAAGAAAAGGAAGGAAAAUGAAAUGCCUGUUCUUAAUAGCCUUCAUUCAUCUGUUACUGCAAUGUACUGGGAAACCUUUGAGUGGAGAUGACAGCUACCGAAAAAUAUCUGAAGAUGUUAAAAGGGAAAUAGCUGGUUAUUCUGAUAUUGCUAAGGCUAUUAUUAACCUUGCUGUUUAUGGCAAUGCCCAGAACAGAUCUUAUGAAAGACUGGCAGUUUUUGCUGAUACUGUAGGACCCAGACUCAGUGGCUCCAAAAAUCUAGACCUUGCCAUCAAAUACAUGUUCAGUGCCCUGCAGGAGGAAGGGCUGGAAAAUGUGCACCUGGAGCCUGUAAAAGUGCCUCAUUGGGAACGGGGAGAAGAGUUUGCUCUGAUGUUGGCACCAAGGAGCCAUAGCAUUUCUAUUUUAGGACUUGGAAGCAGUGUUCCAACUCCUCCAGAAGGAAUAACAGCUGAAGUCCUAGUAGUGUCCUCUUUUGAUGAGCUGUACAAAAGAACUGAAGAAGCCAAGGGGAAGAUUGUUGUUUAUAAUCAGCCUUACAUCAGUUAUGGUGAAACUGUGCGAUACAGAGCCCAGGGAGCAGUGGAAGCUGCUAAAGCUGGAGCUGUGGCAUCCCUUAUCAGAUCUAUUACCCCCUUUUCUAUUAAUAGCCCUCACACCGGGUGGCAGUAUUACCAGUCCAAUGUACCCAAGAUUCCCACAGCUUGCAUUUCAGUUGAAGAUGCUGAAAUGAUGGCACGGAUCUCUUCCCAGGGCACCAAGAUUAUUGUGAAACUCAAGAUGGGAGCCAAGACCUAUCCAGAUGCUAAUUCCUUUAAUAAUGUGGCAGAAAUAGUUGGGAGCAAGUACCCAGACCAGGUUGUACUUGUCAGUGGACAUCUGGACAGCUGGGAUGUUGGACAAGGAGCCAUGGAUGAUGGUGGUGGAGCAUUCAUAUCAUGGGAAGCGUUAUCUCUUAUUAAGGAUCUUGGGCUUCGUCCCAAGAGAACUCUACGCUUAGUGCUGUGGACAGGGGAGGAGCAAGGAGGAGUGGGUGCUGAGCAGUACUAUCAGUUACACAAGGGCAACAUCUCCAACUUCGACAUUGUCAUGGAAUCUGAUGAGGGCACUUUCAUGCCGACUGGCCUGGGUUUUACUGGCAGCGAUAAAGCUCGUGGCAUCAUGAAAGAGAUCAUGCAGCUCUUGCAGCCUAUCAACGUGACAGCUAUUUAUGAAAGUGGUGGUGGAACAGACAUUGAUUACUGGGUGAAAGAUGGAGUACCAGGUGCCAGUUUGCGUGUUGACCGUAAUAAAUACUUCUGGUUUCAUCAUUCUCAAGGGGACACAAUGACAGUUCAAGAUCCAAGCCAGAUGAAUCUCUGUGCUGCUGUUUGGACUGUUGUCUCUUAUGUAAUUGCUGACAUGGAGGAGAGGUUGCCAAGGUAAUAAAAGAAGCAAGAAGGAAAACGUAUAGUCUUCAAUGAAGGCUGUGAAUCGAGUGAUGCAUAUGGUCUACAGAUGUAGGAAAUUCCUUAUUCAUCCUGAUUUUUGCUGAUUUUCAUUCUGUUCUUUGACCUCAAAGCAGAUUUCUUUUACAUAGUUCUGUUUGUUUUAGCUGGUUAAAUGCAUUCCAUUUGUGAUUCUUAUUUCAUGUUUUUUCUAGUAAGUUUUUUAUCAAUUAAUCAAUGCCUGAUGUCUCCCCCAAAAUAUACUAUAUUAUAAUAUUGUAUAAUAAUUAUCUAUAAAUAAGUGAUCCUGUCUCAGAAGGAAAUACAUUCAAUAA